AAAAAGGAGCUCAUUUUUAUAAGCUUACGAAUCACGCUGCAAUAUUGGAUAUCUCGAGUGACACCAAGUUGAAGAAAGAACAUUUCGUCGCUCCUUACAAACAAAAAACGUAUGUAACGUGUCACUUUUCAAGAUUUUAGCACGGUUUGUGCCGGCCGGUGGUCUCUGCGAUAGGGUAUCUGUUGACCUGCUGGCACAAUAUUAUUGUGCUGAUUGUUACUUUCAAGGAAGAGUAAAAAUGAACAGAAGCGCAUUACUAUACAAGAUUGUCAUUGGGCUGAUACUACUUACAAUCCUCUUUAGCUUCCCUACUCUGGUAAACUCUCAUGGACACAGUCAUGAUGGCCAUGGACAUGCCCAUGAUCAUGGCCACGGACACGCCCACGAUCAUGGCCACGGACACGCCCACGACCACGGGCAUGGCCACGCGCACUACCACGACGAGGCGCCGUCGUUCAAGUACUCGCGCGCGGCCAACGAGGCGUCGCGUCAGCAGCAGGAAGAGGAAGCGCGCCGCGUGCUGGAGGAGUUCGCCGCGCACCAGGCGGCCGGCACGCGCACCAGCGCCGAGACCAGGUCGCUGUGGCUGAACGCCAUCGGCUCGACGCUGCUAGUGAGCGCGGCGCCCUUCUUCAUCCUGUUCCUGAUCCCGCUGGACAACACGGACGCCUCGCAGCCGCUGCUCAAGGUGCUGCUAAGUUUCGCCGCCGGCGGUUUGCUUGGGGAUGCCUUCCUGCACCUGAUCCCGCACGCGCUGAUGGCGGUGUCGGAGAGCGGUGCCGAGACGGCCGGCGGCCACGGCCACUCACACGGCGACCACGGACACUCGCACGGCGCCGGACACGAGCACGACAUGAGCGUGGGCCUCUGGGUUCUGGCCGGCAUCGUGGCCUUCUUCCUGGUGGAGAAAUUCGUGCGCAUUGUCAAGGGCGGCCACGGCCACAGUCAUGGUCACAGUCACCAGGCGGCGGCCGAGACCAAGACGAAGACCACCUCAGGGGAUAAGGAUAGCAAAGAGGACAAGGAGGAGAAGGAUGGGGACAAGAGCAAGGACAGUGAUGAUGCCAAGCGUGAAACCGACAGCAAGAAAGAUAAGAGUGGAAAGAAUGGUGAUAAGGCAAAAGAAAAGUCUGAUGCCAAGGACAGUAAGGCGAAGUCGUCUGGCAAAGAUAAGGCAGCAGAGAAGAGUAAAAAAGACAGUGCCAAAGAGAAGAAGUCAAGUGAUCAAGUUGCCAAAGAUGCUCCUCAGCCAGAUAUCAAGGUAGCCGGCUACCUAAACCUGGCGGCUGACUUCACCCACAAUCUGACCGACGGGCUGGCCAUCGGCGCCUCCUACUUGGCGGGCCACUCGAUCGGUAUGAUCACUACGCUGACCAUCAUUCUACACGAGGUGCCGCACGAGAUCGGCGACUUUGCCAUCCUGGUGCAGUCUGGCGUACCGCGGCGGCGGGCCAUUUUCCUGCAGCUCACCACGGCAGUGGGAGCGCUCACCGGCACCGUCAUCUCUCUGCUGGCAGAGGGAGCCGACUCUGCGGCCACAUCACGAAUUCUACCGUUCACCGCCGGCGGCUUUAUCUACAUCGCCACCGUCUCCGUAAUUCCCGAGCUGCUCGAGAAGACCUCCGUGUGGCAGACGUUCAAAGAGCUGAUCGCUCUGCUGGUCGGCAUUUACAUGAUGGUGCUUAUCGCCGAGUACGAGUGAGCUGACCGGCUCGCCGCAGCUGUGACCACUACGGUGGGUGUUCUGGGGGACGGAGGCGGGUGGUCGACGGUGGGACGGAGCUUCUGAAGGGUGACGGGACGGUGCGUGGGAUGGGUAACCCCGGCGCGCGCCCGCCGCCACCGGUCGAUCGCUCCAGUGUCGUGUUUGUGCUGUGUGUGGGCGCCGCCGGAGUGCCCGGCCGCUCUCGGUCGGAGUUGUGCAUUUCCCUCGCAGGCCGCUCGCCGCCGGACCUCCAGGGUGUGCGGAACGCUGUGGGAGAGAAGAGGGGUGUGAAGAGGCGAUGGUUGAAGGGGUCUAUGGUUAUCGUGUGGGCCGGGCAGAUGCUGGGAUUGCCCCGCGCCUCAAAAAUCAUCUUUCUGAGACAUCUGUCAUUGCUCUUUAACUGAGACAGCUCCUAGGCGCCCGUCUGGGUCGAUCGAUGUCUGACCGUACUAGACGAGGCUCUCCUGUUGCUGGCUCUCAGAUGCGGUAUGCUAGGUCUGCUGGCUACCGUUAUUUACGACACUUAGACAGUCCUUUGGACUAUGGUAGGCGCCGGGCUGGCCUGGCGUACGUUUUGGUGUACCGGGCUGGUCUGGUGAACCCUCUGGGGUACUGGGCUGGUCCGUUGUACCCUUCGGUGUAUCGCACUCUCCUGGUAGUGCCACUGGCCUUGGUAUGAAGUCCCGAAUUAAUAGUCUCCAGAAGACAACGUUUCCCAGCCCGUCAUGUGAUACCAAGCACGCACUUGUACUUCCUGACAUCUCUGUACGAUGCAAAUGCUAUAUUUUGUAUAGGUAUAUGAGUGAUCGUUUAUAGAAAUUUGAAGCAUUUACUUUACCAGCGAUCGAUAACUGUUGUCCAGUGUAGCGUCAAAGGGUGGUUCAGAGAAAGUUCCGUUUGUAAUGUCCUGGUUUGUGUGGUGAAGGUCAAGUUGUUGGUCAGAUCAUAAUCUCAUACCAGUGUGUAUCGCCAUUUUACUUACAUGUGAUGGAGGAGCCACUUUCAUGAGGAGAAUAUGCAAAUAUCAAUCAUUGUCUGUUUAAAUGCCUUGCUCACUGGCCUUUGAA